AUGGGCGCCACGCCGGAGGAGUUCCCGGGGCAGGGGCUCCCCGAGCCUGAGCCGUUCUCCCCCUCCGUCUUCCUCGACCUCCCUCCGACGCCCAGCGAGGAGGACGCGGCGGCCUGCACGGACGACCUCGCGCUCCCCUUCAUCUCGCGCAUGCUCAUGGAGGAGGACAUCGACGACAAGUUCUUUUACCACUACCACGACCACCCCGCGCUCCUCCAGGCCCAGCAGCCAUACGCCCAGAUCCUCUCCGAUGCCGCCGCCGACGACGACGAUUCUUUCACCACCAACACCAUCGGAAGCGGCGCCUGCACCCUCACGCCGUCCCCCGAUGCCCCGGCGUUCUCCAACGCCACCUGGCCCUACGACCCGGUCGAGCUCUCCCAGCAGCUCCUGUCGUCGCCACGCUCAGGCAUGGGAGCGGGAAUCGACGACUUCGCCGCAGAUGGUGGCAACCAACUUUUGUUGCCCCAACAAGACACUGGCAGCAACAGUGAGGAGUUCUUGGAUACUGCGGUGGAGACAACGACAACGGCCACCUGCUCUCUUUCUCCUACCGGGGAUGGGGAACACGACGCCCUGGCCUCGACCUUCUUCAAUGGCCGGAACAGGGUAGACAUGGACAUGCUCAAUCAGGCGUUCCACAGGGGCAUGGAGGAGGCCAAAAAAUUCUUGCCCAUUGACAACUACAACAUCCUUAGCCGGUAUAAUUGGCAAGACUUGGAGACAGAAAGAGGCAGGAAGAGCAAACUUAUGGUGCCUGAGCCGGAGGAAACAGGUGAGACGAUUGAUGAAAUAAUUCUCAAUGAGUAUUGCUUGUGCCUCAAUGGAAUGCUGGGCCUGCGCAUCAGUAUGGACAGCGAGGAUGGGAAGAAGAACAUGAAGAAGGGGAAUUGGAAGUCAGCAUUGGGAACGCAGAGCUCGAAUGAGACAGUGUACUUGCACACACUGCUUCUCCACUGUGCACAGGCUGUGUCGAUGGACGACCGUUGGAGUGCGACCAAGCUACUUUGGCAGAUCAAGCAGCACUCCUCGCCAAGGGGAGACGCCAAUCAAAGGUUGGCGCAUUAUCUUGCAGAGGGACUAGAGGCGCGAUUGGCAGGCACAGGAAGCCAGGUUUACAGGUCGCUCAUGUCAACGCGCACCUCGCUUGUGGAGAUGCUCAAAGCCUAUCAGCUGUACCUAACAGUUUGCUGUUUCAAGAUGAUGGCAUACAAGUUCUCCAACAUGACCAUCGCCAAUGUUAUCGCCGGGAGGAAGAAGUUGCACAUUGUAGACUAUGGCAUACAUCACGGGCUCCAGUGGCCAAGCUUGCUUGGCAUUUUGUCUACUUGGGAAGGUGGACCACCGGAGGUGAGGAUCACCGGCAUUGACCUCCCCCAGCCUGGAUUCCGCCCAGCUGCUCAGAUUGAAGAAACCGGGCGUCGGCUUAGUAAAUGUGCUCGCCAGUUUGGCAUACCAUUCAAGUUCCAUAGCAUCGCAACAAAGUGGGAGAUGGUUUCUGUUGAUGACCUGAACAUUGACCCUGACGAGGCACUCAUCAUCAAUGGUCUAUUUGAUUUUGGGCAGUUGAUGGAUGAGGGUGUCGACAUAUAUAGCCCAAGCCCUAGGGAUAUGGUCCUCGAUAACAUCCGAAAGAUGCGGCCAGAUGUGUUCAUCUUUUCUAUUUUCAAUCUCUCCCAUGGGACGCCAUUCUUUGUAACACGGUUCCGGGAGGUACUGUUCUAUUUCUCGUCAAUGUUUGACAUGCUUGAUGCUACGGUUCCACGGGACAAUGACCAACGCUUGAUGGUUGAGCGGCACUUCCUUAGACGGUCUGCCCUGAAUGUCAUUGCCUGUGAGGGCUCUGAUAGGGUGGAGCGCCAUGAAAUGUAUAAGCAAUGGCAAGUGCGGAACCAACGGGCUGGACUGAGGCAGCUACCGUUGGACCCAGGUAUCGUUAAGGUCGUGAGGAAGAAGGUCAAGGACAGCUACCACAAGGACUUUGUAAUUGAUGUGGAUCACCAGUGGCUCUUGGAAGGGUGGAAGGGGCGCAUAAUUUGUGCCAUGUCAACAUGGGUUGCAGAUGAUGCUUUCUCAAAACAUUAA